GAUUAUUGCUCACAGAAUCUGCUAGCUUACGUAGUAUCGGCUGUUUGCCACAGCAUAGGAGACGGCGAUUACCUUGGUACUUUUUUCGCUUCCUCGAGAUCAACUUCUCCAUGCAAAUUCAGGAGCGGAGUUAGCCUCAAAAUGGAUGGCACUGUGACUCCUGGUUGUCGUUUUAUUUUAUAAAAUCGUGACUGCGUCGAGUUGUAGAUAGACUGCAUUAUACGAAAAACAGACUAGCACGAUAGGCCCGUUGUUAGGAAGGGGGAAAGCCCUAUGGCCUGGUUUAGACGAAAAAAGAACGUCGGCUCAAGGCCUAAAGGUCUCAGCCUGUUGAAAGCUCACGAGUGUACGGACGAAGGAAGCUCGCGAGUGGGGUCCAGCAAAGGCGACUGCGAUCUGACGUACAAGCAAUGUCCUGAUGCUGAGCAUGGUUAUGAUCAUGGCAAUGUUUAUAAGCAUGAUUAUGGCGGACUCCUUGCUCCUAAAUCUCGUCGACGCUCUAAACGAAACGACUGCUCUGGCGACCUUAGGAAGGUAGAUAGUGCAUACGACCAGUCGGGCGACCGUAUUCGUGAGCACGAUCACAGCCAUCGCGUGUCAAGCUCUCGAACCAUCGUGUUCGCUGGAGGCGUUUUCGAUAGCCAGUUCUGGUCGCGUAGUACUAAGAGUCCAACCCAGACGCUGUCGCGUAGGGGAUCAGCAGCCGCUGCUGGUAAAGCACGCGCCGAUUUGCCCGAAUUUUCUUGUCGCGCGACCGAUGAAAGUACAAGAUCACCCACAGCAGCAUCAGCAGAGUCGUCCAAGAUUCGCUCUUCAGAAGUGUCCGAGUUUCACUCUCCAGGCUGCAUGAGGGGCGACUCAGACGCCUGUGUUGUGCUUUUCGAAGCGAGAUGGUCCAAGUCGGAGGACAGUCAUGAGCCGAGAAGGUGCAGAGAAGCCGACGACGGGAAUCAAGACGGAAAAGAGAACAGCAUCAAAGGCAGUGCUUUCAACCAUUCUGUCUCAGGGGGUCACGGUCCGACCUAUGACCAGGAGAGCAAAGUGCUUGGAGAAAGUGUCGGUCCGAGGGUGAACUCUCAAGCAGCCCUUCCUAAACAGGGUAUCCUUUGUACAGUGCUUGAGUCUAGCAUCGCGAGCGGGAUAAGCAAUAACCCGGUACCAGAAGCUCCUAUUGGCAAAGCAACUGCUGACAUUGUUCCGGAAACGCCUAGGCGAAGGAUCACCCACUGCGUGUCCGAGGGCCCUACCAGAAGAAGCACGUUCAGAGCAUCCACGGCGUUUAGAGAGAACCUGGCUACCUGGUCGAGCCACGUGUCGCAAGCUGAUUGGAUGUCAGCGUCUGGGGGCUACUGGGAGACUUCUAGCGCUCUUGUGGGUGGUGGUGUUGGCGGCGAGAGUGAUGAUGAUGAGGAGGAGGAGGAGGAGGUGGAUAGCAGGAGCGCGUGGACAAGGGGGAGGAGGGCGACUGGCAAGCCAAGGCAGGGGAAGCCACGGAAAUCGAGCAAGUCCCUCAUUGUGAAUGCUGUCGUGCAAGAGGGCAGAGAGCGGCCGUCAGAGAGCAGCUCCGCAGUGAGUGGUUGGGACAUGUACUCUCCACGUGGCAGAAGCUCAUUGGGCAGUUUGGGUGCCAGAAAGUCAGCCCCUCGCAUCCGUCAGGAUCGGCGCAAGUGGGUGUACAGCCCAGAUGACAUGGCAGAAGAUGAGCGGAUUGAUCGAAUACGGUCUGUUACACGCGGGAACGGUUUCAACUCAUGGCCUGUACAACUUUGUUGAUUCUCCAAGCUUGGUUCGUGGUGGGCUGAAUUUCCCCAGAUUUAUCUGUUUGUUCUUGUUUACUGGUAUUUCCAUACAGUAUACCGGUAGCCUCACUUCAUUGUGCCAUGAAACUGGAUGGUAGGUAGUUAUAUUUUUAUGA